GUCGGUGGAGAGGAGGGAGGGACCAUAUCCGGGAGAGUGGCAGCUUCCGACCAGUGGUCGCGCUUCCGGAGAGGCACUUCCGGUGGCGGCGGCAGCAGCGGCUGUGGUGGUUCCGGGUGUCUUUGUCCCCCCGGUGUCGCGGCCCUGGCCCGCAGGUUUUUCCCAAGACUCUGAAAGAGGACAGCAUUCCCAAUGUCCCAGUUUAAGCGCCAGCGGAUCAACCCGCUUCCAGGGGGACGGAACUUCUCAGGCACAGCUUCAACAUCUCUUCUGGGUCCUCCUCCUGGUUUGCUCACUCCUCCUGUGGCCACAGACCUGUCCCAGAAUGCCAGGCACCUUCAGGGUGGGGAGAAGCAGCGGGUCUUCACUGGCAUUGUUACCAGCUUACACGAUUACUUUGGGGUGGUGGAUGAAGAGGUCUUUUUUCAGCUGAGUGUGGUGAAGGGCCGGCUGCCCCAGUUGGGUGAGAAGGUGCUGGUGAAGGCUGCGUACAACCCAGGCCAGGCAGUGCCCUGGAAUGCUGUCAAGGUGCAAACGCUCUCCAACCAGCCCCUACUGAAAUCCCCAGCACCUCCCCUUCUACAUGUAGCAGCCCUGGGCCAGAAGCAAGGGAUUCUGGGAGCUCAGCCCCAGUUGAUCUUCCAGCCUCACCGGAUUCCCCCUCUCUUUCCUCAGAAGCCUCUGAGUCUCUUCCAAACGUCCCACACACUUCAUCUGAGCCACCUGAACAGAUUUCCUGCUCGGGGCCCUCACGGACGAUUGGAUCAGGGCCGAAGUGAUGACUAUGACUCCAAGAAACGCAAACAGCGGGCUGGUGGAGAGCCUUGGGGUGCUAAGAAACCAAGGCAUGACCUGCCUCCUUACCGAGUCCAUCUCACUCCCUAUACUGUGGACAGCCCCACCUGUGACUUCUUAGAACUCCAGCGCCGUUACCGCAGCCUCCUGGUUCCCUCAGAUUUUCUGACUGUGCACCUGAGCUGGCUGUCAGCCUUCCCCCUGAGCCAGCCCUUUUCCCUCCAUCAUCCAAGCCGUAUCCAGGUAUCUUCUGAGAAGGAGUCAGCUCCAGACACCGGGGCUGAGCCGAUCCUCGCAGACAGUGACCCUGCAUACAGUUCCAAGGUACUGCUGCUCUCCUCCCCGGGACUGGAGGAAUUGUAUCGCUGUUGCAUGCUCUUUGUGGAUGACAUGGCUGAGCCAAGGGAAACGCCAGAACAUCCUUUGAAGCAGAUUAAGUUUUUACUGGGUCGGAAAGAAGAGGAGGCAGUGCUGGUUGGGGGUGAGUGGUCUCCUUCCCUGGAUGGCCUCGACCCCAAGGGCGACCCACAGGUGCUAGUCCGCACUGCCAUCCGCUGUGCGCAAGCCCAGACUGGCAUCGACUUAAGCGCCUGCACAAAGUGGUGGCGCUUUGCUGAGUUUCAGUACCUACAGCCGGGACCCCCAAGGCGGCUCCAGACUGUGGUGGUGUACCUGCCAGAUGUCGGGACCAUCAUGCCUACUUUGGAAGAAUGGGAGGCUGUGUGUCAGCAGAAAGCUGCAGAGGCAGCACCCCCACCCCAGGAGGUGCCAGUGGAAACAGAGUCUACAGAACAGGUGGCUGAUGCAUCGGAGCAAGCAGCAGACACCUCUAAACAGAAUGCAGAGAAUCCAGAAGUCACUGUACAGCAGGAAAUGGACACCGAUCUCCCAGAGGCCCCUCCACCCCCUCUGGAACCUGCUGUUGUGGCACACGCUGGCUGUGUAAACCUGUCCCUCCAUGGUAUUGUGGAAGACCGGAGGCCAAAAGAAAGGAUCUCUUUUGAGGUGAUGGUGUUGGCCGAGCUGUUUCUGGAGAUGUUGCAGAGGGAUUUUGGCUAUAGGAUUUAUAAGAUGCUGCUGAGCCUUCCUGAAAAGGUUGUGGCCCCACCUGAACCUGAGAAGGAGGAGGCAGCCAAGGAAGAAGAGGUGGUUAAGGAGGAGGCGGCCAAGGAGUCCAAGGAUGAGGUACAGAGUGAGGGCACAGCUGCCGAGGCAGACGCCCCGCCGAAGGAAGAUGGGCUUUUGCCCAAACCCCCAUCUUCUGGGGGAGAGGAAGAGGAGAAGCCCCGGGGUGAGGCGUCUGAGGACCUCUGUGAGAUGGCCCUCGACCCAGAACUGCUGCUUCUGAGGGAUGAUGGAGAGGAGGAGUUCGCAGGAGCCAAGCUAGAGGAUUCUGAGGUCCGGUCGGUUGCCUCGAACCAGUCAGAGAUGGAGUUCUCUUCCCUCCAGGACAUGCCCAAGGAGCUGGAUCCCUCUGCUGUGCUCCCUUUGGACUGUCUUCUUGCUUUUGUCUUCUUUGAUGCCAACUGGUGUGGCUACCUGCACCGGCGAGACUUGGAGAGGAUCCUGCUUACCCUUGGGCUCCGGCUCAGUGCAGAGCAGGCCAAACAGCUGGUCAGCAGGGUGGUGACCCAGAACAUUUGCCAGUACCGGAGCCUUCAGUACAGUCGCCAGGAGGGCACAGAUGGUGGGCUCCCUGAGGAGGUGCUCUUUGGAAACCUGGAUCUGCUACCUCCUUCUGGGAAAAGCACAAAGCCGGGUGUUGCCCCUAUGGAGCACAAAGGCCUGGUGGCCCACAAUGGCAGCCUGAUCCAUGUGGGGAACCUCUUACAGCGUGCAGAGCAGCAGGACAGUGGGCGGCUCUACCUGGAGAACAAGAUUCACACACUGGAACUGAAGCUGGAGGAGAGCCAUAACCGCUUCUCAGCCACUGAAGUAACAAAUAAGACACUGGCAGCAGAAAUGCAGGAGCUGCGAACCCGGCUGGCUGAGGCUGAGGAGACAGCCCGGACAGCUGACCGACAGAAGAAUCAGCUUCAGCGGCUGCUCCAGGACUUCCGAAGGCGCCUGACUCCACUGCAGCUCGAGAUGCAGCGAAUGGUUGAAAAGGUUCACCUCGCCUUCUCCUCUGUCUGCUAGUUUCUUAUGGAAGCCAUCAGUCAGCAGCUUGCAACCUGGAAUCUCCCAGGAGGAAGUGGUUAGUAGUGCUCAGAUCUUGGUCCUUCCUCCUUGAGUCCUAACUCUCGUUACAUCUGUUUCAAACAGGCCGACAGCUGGGUAGAGAAAGAGGAGCCAGCACCUAGCAAUUGAGGGGCCUGGUGCAGGAGCUGCCAUCCUGUGAAGUCAGCGAUGGAGCCUGCUGAAGUUAGAGCCCUUUUGGUUCCAGAAGGAAGCUGGAGCAGGACCUGGGGGCCAUAGGCAGGGGGUGGCUGACCCCUGUGCUCAGCCUCUGUAGAGAAGCUCAGGCCGUCAGGGUGGGGGUCUGUCUGUGCUGUGUGGGACAGAUGAGUGAGGAACCAUGGUUCCACUUACAACUAAAUCCAACAUCUUCUGCACCCCUCAUUUUGCCCUCUACCUUGGGAUCUCUCCUGGGGCCCUUUAGUCUUGUGCUGACUUUCUCCUGUCCUCUUCCAGUUUAGAAUAAGACAGGGGAGGAAAAGGCUUUUCGAGUAUGUCAUAAGGUCUGAUGCCAAUAAACUGAAGAAACAGACACGGAAUCUGGCCGGGGGUAAGAGCCCCUUCCUCUGGAUGGCACACAUCCUGCUAGGCUACAGGAGCAGGCUCUUGGGGAAGGGCUCCCUUGGCCGUCGCAGGAUGAAGGCCAUGCUAGUGAGCUCUCAGUGUUGGGCUGUGGUUGCCAGUGAGCACUGUUCCAGCCACCCAGACUUGCUAGAAGAAACCAGCACCUUUCCCCUGGCUCCCUGUGUUCAGAAUGUGGUAUCGGCUCUGGCCCAGCCUUUUUCCCUGUUCCCCAUAAGUCUCACCUCUUUCCAUAACCCAUGGUUUCAGUUUGACUUUGUAUAUAAAGUUGUUUUUUUUUUUUGGCUUUUUGUUUUUUAAAUAAACCAAAGUCAAAAACAAA